AUGAGCCAUUAUCAUUUCUCAAAUAUUAUUAGUGUUAUUAUUGUUCUUGUCAUUAACUUGACAUGUGCUUUAACACUUUUAUCAUCAUCACCAUCCAUAAAAGAUAAACUUUUAACGAAAAAGAAUGAUACUUCAUUGCAUACUUACCAACGAGCAUCGGCAUAUGCUGAUAAAAUACGAAAUAUUACAGCAUCAGCUCAUAACCAUUUCAGACCUCCUCAUGGACGAGACGAUGAUCAUGACAAUGAUCAGUUAGAAAAACAUGAUAACGAAGAUUUGCCGACAAAGCAAACAACAGCAAAUAUUGUAGUAAUAACUUCUCUCUCAGGUAUUUAUGUUUGGUGGCCAAUUUUAUUGGGUGGCGAUGACUCCUUUCAUCUUCUAUUGUCACAAGAAGAUGUGCCACGUUUUCAUGAUGUAACAGGCGAUGAUUUUGGUCAUAUUUAUUUAACAGCACCACAUGAACGUACUGUAUAUCGUUUACAAUAUUCUGAUGGUUGGUGGAUAGCAAAUUUUUCUAAUCAUUCAUUAAUGAAUUCAAUACGCAGCGAAAUGCCAUUGUUUGUUAGCAUUCAUCGUGUAUCGUCGAUGCUUUAUGUUUAUGGUCAUUCCGAUAUACAAAUGAUUGAUUUACUCGAACGACCGCGUACACGUGGUUCAGCACCAUUUAUGAAACGUUUACGUGAAUUAAGUCCAAAUUUACGUAUAAGUGGUUUAAUUAUCGAUCAAUUAACAUCCGAAGGUUAUAUUAUAGGUGAUUCAUAUGGUUGGUGUAUAGUUAUACGGUGUUCAUUAUCUGUUAAUGAAUGUCUAUUUUUAUUUAAAAUUCCAACAUCAUAUGAUAAUCGUCCAUACCCAUGUACAGCAACCAUUGAUUUCUCAAGUAAAAUUAUGUAUUUAAGUUUAGAAGAAAAAGUUCUUGGUGUACAUCUUAAUGAACAAACCAAUUUCGAUCGACGUUUUGUUUUAACUGAAAAAAAUGGACCGCGUUCAACAUUAGGCUAUGAUGAUAUUGUAACAUAUAAUAAUACAAUUUUAUAUACCGAUGUUCUUCGACCUGUUCUACAUAUAUGUACAGCAAAAAAUUCGAAUCCAUGUUUAAAUCUAUCGCUUGUAUUUCCAUCUCCUCAGCGAACAAUAUUACCACUUCGUUUAAGUGUUAUUAAAGUACAAAAUCUACGUCCACCUAUACUUGACGAAGAAGAUGAUUAUGAACUACACGUAAAUCAAUCAAAUAUUUCACCAGCACCAUUAUCUGUUCUCAUAGAAAAUAGAACUAAAGAUUAUCAACACUUAUUUGUCGAUAAAACAACGAUUACACUUCAUGAGUCUCAACAAAUAAGUUUAAAUAGUCUUUGGAUGCUUCUACUUGGAAUUAUUAUUGGUUUAAUUAUUGGUAGUGUAUCGUUUAUGAUUUAUUGUAUUAUAUCAAAGAAAAAACAGCCAAUAAUAGAAAAAAAAACAUCAAGAGCAAGUACAUCAUCAUCAAAACUACUUACACCGGAACAAAUGCAACCUUCUAAACUCGAUCGAAAACAUAAAAAUGGAUCCAAAAGUAAACUAUCCACACAGUCAUCAUCGUCUGAUUCAGCAACAACUAAUUUAGUAGAAUUAACACCAUAUUCAAGUACAAGUGGUUCAAGUGAAUGGACAACAGUUACUAGUUCAUUAAGUUAUCAGCCAGAUAUUAUUCUUUAG